AAACAAGUGGAAUAACUCCGCACAUUAGUUAUGCUAUGUGUCAAAACAUAACCUGAAAAUGCGUAAAUCAUAAUGCUAAUCAAACAUAUAUAAAAAAAUUUACUGUGAUAUUACAAUAAAACAAUGUAUCUAAGCCAUUUACUUUAUUCUUUAACUCUAAAAAAUGGCGUUAAACACUUUUCUAAUCAAGCCACAAAAUUGGGUAGUAAAGUGAACAAAUGUGUUAAAAGAGUGUUAGGACAACCCACUUCCGAUACGCACCCUCAUAUUUUAAAUGAAGGUGAAGUUACACCUAUGAUAACUAAAUUUGAAUACCAAUCAAGAAGAUGUAAAUUUAUGGAUGCUAUUACAAAGUUCACUUUCAAGAAUUGUUUAAAAUCUAAAGAUCACUUAGUUGUUAUACCAGCAGCUUCCAAACAGUAUAUGUCUGAUAAAAUUCCUUAUGUUUUUCGUCAAAAUACAGAAUUUCUCUAUUUAACGGGUUGUUUAGAGCCUGAUUGUUGUGUUGUUCUUACUUCAGACAGUAGUGGUAAUUUCUCCACCACUUUAUUCACUAGAGACAAAGAUGAACACGCCGAACUUUGGGAUGGUCCUAGAACUCAUCCUGAAGACGCUAAUAAUUUCUUUGGAGUAAACGAAAGUUUACCUAUGAGUGAACUUGAUAAAUUUAUAUUUUCUUUCCAGAAAUCAAAAAAAAAUUUAAACUUGUGGUAUGAUUUCUUAAUGCCUGUUCAGAGAAACGUGCAUUUGAGCGUGAAAAAUUUCAUGGACGAAACUGGUAAUAAACAUUGGGAAAACCCUAAGCCAUUAUUACACAAAUUGAGAUUGUAUAAAAGCCCUUCGGAGAUUGCUUUAAUGCAAAAGGCGUGCGAUAUCACUGCUCAAGCUUUCAUGGAUACAAUAUCUGUAUCUAGACCAGGUAUUGCCGAAAAUCAUUUAUUCGCUAAAUUCGACUACGAAUGUCGUUUAAGGGGUGCUGAAUAUUUAGCUUAUCCCCCAGUAAUCGCAGGAGGUACUAGAGCUACUACUAUACAUUAUAUUAAUAACAACCAAGUGGUAGAUGCUGGGGAAAUGGUACUUAUGGAUGGAGGAUGUGAAUUACAUGGUUAUGCUAGCGAUAUAACACGUACUUGGCCGAUCAGUGGGAAAUUUACAGAAGAGCAACGUCUCAUAUACGAAGUAGUAUAUGACGUUAAUAAAGAAUUGAUUGAAAUGUGUAAUAAAUUUCCAUCUCUAGACAUGUUAUUCGAAAGUAUGUGUUAUUUAUUAGGUAAAAGGUUACAGGAAGUUGGAUUAUUAGGUGCCCAACCGUCAAGUCCCUAUUUAAUGAAAGCUGCUUAUCAGUUAUGUCCACAUCACGUCUCUCAUUACCUAGGAAUGGAUAUUCAUGAUACUCCUACUGUUACAAGAAAUAUGCAAGUAGAACCUGGAAUGAUCAUAACUAUUGAACCAGGAAUCUAUAUAAAUGAAAAUAACAAAUUACUGCCUAAAAAAUAUCGUGGUAUCGGUGUACGGAUAGAAGACGAUGUUUUAAUAACCGUAAAUGGUCCAGUUGUACUAAGUAGAAAAUGUCCCAAAUAUAUUGACGAUAUUGAAAGAUUAUCAAGUGAAAACCAGUGAAUUUCCAUAUGUAAAGGUCGAUUUUUGUAAAUAUAAUGUAUUGAAACUUUAUUCAAUUAUUUACUUUUUAAAUUAUGUUUUAUUUGUUAUAAACUAGACAUUGAAUAACUAUUUUUUACAUAAAUGCAAAUUAAGAACAUUAUGUGCGUACUGACAACAAAAAAAUAUCUGGAGAAAAAUAUUACUUCCACUGCUGCAGUGAUAAAUCAUUUUCAUAAUUCGUUUCAAUUCAUUUAUUACAUUCUAAUAAAAUCUGUGAUCAUCAGCUUUAACAAAAUAAUUAUGUAUACCGUCCUUGUGACAAGUGACAUCCUUCAUCUAUCAAAUGUGAAACGCGUUCAGUACUAAGGGUAUGUUCAGUUUUGAACAUAAACCUGCAACUAAAAAACAUCCUGAAACAAUACAUUGGUUCCAUUCAGCAUACAAAACCGUUGUGCGACUGUUGUAAAGCCAUAACGGAAUCGUUCGCUGCAAACUUAACACGUUGUGGAAGUGGAUUAUGUUUUGUGAUCAAACGUAAAGUUGUAACCUUACUUGGAAGAAAAAUGAUUGAAUUCGUUUAUCAAGAUAAGAUAAAUGAAUUGGGGAACUGCUUGAAUUAAUCUAAUUUCGAUAAAAUACUUAUGAAUAAAUUUUUUUUCCAAUUUACAAAAUGCUACAUAGAAUGAUCGUACAAUAUUUGAGAUUCUAUGCAAAAGAUGAUCAACAAAAUGAGGUUUCAAAUAAUGACGUUAAAUUGUAAUUUACUGACUAGUUAAGUUACAAAUUAAAAUACGGCAAAAAGCGACGAAUAAAUACACUUUUUAACAAGAUUUGAUUGAAGAAAUAAUAAUUAUUAAUGAUGUACAAAUAUUAUGUUUUCCUUGCUAACUUUCCUACGUUACUUUUUCCCUCUAGUUACAUUUUUUGUUUCUAUUUUAUGUAUAGAAUAUUUGAUCUUUGUUUAUAAAACUAAAGUUUCUGUUUUUAAUUUUUUUACAUCCUCAGUUUUCCAUUGAAAUCUUUCGGCUCACAAAUUAGAGUAAUAUUUAUCUAUGUUAUAAGUAGGUAAACGAUACGUAUAAACCACAUCCUAAUAAAAUAAAAAAGAAGAAGUUUUAUUUUUGAAGUAACCUGUAAAUUUUUAUUGUUAGUUUAAUGUUUUUAUUAUCUAAUAUAAAUAAACCUACAACUUAUCUAGCAUUUUUAAUUUGCUUAACAGCUUUUAUAGGUGACACCGCGAGAUGUUAGCGCUACAGGAAAAAUAAUAGAAAUAUUUACAUGUAGUUUGUUAUCUUCUAUUAUAGAUUUGGAUCAUUUUAUUGAAGCAAAAUCAUUAAAU